AUGUUAAACAAGCUGUUCAUUGCAAUACUCAUAGUCAUCACUGCUGUCAUAGGCGAGACGACUACGUCAUCUACCACUGCCAGUCUCUCCGAAAGCCCUACUCUGGUUUGGGUGACUGGCACUGAUGCAAGUGGGAGAUUGGCAACUACACAGUCUGCUUACACUCAACAGUUUUCACAGUUAUACUCAUCCAUAGCAUCUCCAUCAAGUGGUAGCAUAGGCCUGGGUACUAUCCAGGGGACUGUUGGAAUUGUCAGAACAUAUGAGACAAUUACCCUUGCCAGCUAA